AUUUGCAUGAUGACGUGAAGCCCAAUUGAAGAUAAAUAUCGGUUAGGAAGUUGUCUGGGAUUAGGUGGUUGCGUGUAACGCAGGAAGUGCGCUUUGUCUGAUGAAGUCAACUAGUGUCCUCGUCGUUCCGAGCCGGACGUGAACGCAGCUUCUCGGCAGGGGCGUGUAGGCGCUAACUGUGCAGCAUGGCGGACGAUGGAGACAGUUCGAGCGGAUCAGUUGACACAACAGGCGGGCAGGGGGCAGCGGAGGAGGCGAGCGGGCUCAGCUUAGUCGGGAUGCUGCUGAAUCUCAGCAUUUUGGUUGUGCUCGUGGCGGUCUGCGUGGCGGUGUACCGCCGGUGGAGCAGGCGGCUCGGCGCUGACGCGGCCCAUGGCGACGAGGCCUCGGCGCUUCCUAAGAUGAGGAGACGGGACUUCACUCUGGAGCAGCUGCGGGAGUACGACGGGGUGCAGAACCCCCGCAUUCUCAUGGCCGUUAACAUGAAAGUGUUCGACGUGACGAGCGGCAAAAAGUUUUACGGUAAAGAUGGUCCUUACGGGAUCUUUGCGGGCCGCGACGCUUCCAGAGGCCUGGCCACCUUCUGCCUGGACAAAGGCUUCCUCAGAGACGAGUACGACGACCUGUCAGACCUCACUGCUGUGCAGAUGGAGAGCGUGAGAGAGUGGGAGAUGCAGUUCAUGGAAAAGUACGAUUAUGUGGGGAGGUUGCUGAAGCCCGGAGACGAGCCGUCAGAGUACACAGACGAGGAGGACAUCAAGGACCACUUGAAACACGACUGAGCUGAACCAUCACUCCGACCAAAGCCAGAAGCCCCAACAGCUGCAGCGGACCGCCCCAGAAUCCCAGACCUGCUCCUGCCCCGCUCCCGGACUCCUCCCUCUGCUGGAUCUGGUGCUGAGGCCUCCCUCCGCUGAGGAGAACCGCCACCAGAACGCGAUGAGGAGCCUCGUCUGGGGUGGAGAUGGCCCGUGCCAACACUCCCAUCUGGAGCAAACCCUCAAAUCUUGUAGUCAGGCGUCCGGUUGGGGAACGCGUGGUCGUGGUGGUGUGCAGAGCGCUGGGUGGAGGUCGGUCGGUCGGUGGGGAGAACACAGGUUGGUCUGAGCAGACGGGUGGAUCAGGACGGGGAAACAGAUUUUAUCUUCAGUUUAGUCACAUUGCAAUCGGCUUCAGACAGCUUAUCAAUCAAUCAAUCAUCUCCUUCAAAGAGCGCUGCAGCGCGGCCUGACUUGAGGCUGCUGCCGGGCGCCGCGCUCUCCUGUUUGUAGUGGAGGCACUACGAGUUUUCUCUGUUUGUCACCAUGUGAUUGUAUGUGUUGAGUAGCUUAGAGGGCGUGCGGGUGGGCGGGAGGGUUUGCUUUUUAUUUUUGGAAGGGUUUGGGGGUCAGAAGUCCCGUUAGAAUCUGAUCGGCCGAACACACAGCUGAUUGGGAGAACAAAGGGAAGGUGAUAUGGCAGUCCUAAUCAAUCCGAUCAAUUGUUUACAUGCCUCACAAGCACGCUGCAGUCUGUAGAUCCCCGAACAUGGUCCAAGUAUUAACCGUGCCUUAUUUUGGUGGGAGUAUCCGUGCUGAGCGGAGGGAGGGAUGGUGGUGUCGGUUCUGCCCCAGGCUCGGCUCCCCCGACGUGAAAGAAGGCAAACGUCAGUCCACACGCAGACUGUAACCCCCCCACGUCACAAUCUCUGUAAAUAACCCCAUGAAUUACUCAGUGUUACUGCCAUAUUUAUGUAGUGGAGGAACUCCAUAUACAUACGACGCUACGUCUUAUCGGCCAAACUUCCCGCUGGUUUUCUGUGUGUUUUCCUUUCAGCCCCCAAUCAGAGGAGUGUUGCAAAGUGCUGCAGGGCAGGACCGGGAGCUGCUGUUGCCAGUUUUGUUCGUAGUCAUUGCUUUUCCUGUAAAUAUAUUAUCAUUUUAUUAAAGCAUGUGCAACCAGAAAGUGAGCCACUGCAAAGUUCCACCCCGUGUAUUUAAAUGUUGGGUAUGAGUGUGUGUGUGUGUGAGCGCACGAGUGUGUUUGUGACAGGCAGGAAGGGAUUUGUUCAUGCAUAAUAAAUCAGUUUGGUUAAUAAUA